UCGCAGUGGCUCUGUGCUCGGCUGCUCUGGCCUGCUGUGCUGGAGCUGUGAAAUCGCGCUGAUGGUCUGUCACAUUAUUUCUCACUGACACCGUCUGAGCGCAGGAGCACCACGCCAAAAGAUCAGCUUAAAAACACUUCAUAACACACAGCUCCGGUGUUUUUAAUCGGUAAGUGUUUUCUGGCGUGGAAUUGGAGAGGAGGAAGCGAGAGAGGGGGAAAUCAUAUAAGCCGAAAGGAAAUGCCAAUCGCCACUACUGGUCAUUCAGCGUCUCGAGAGCCCCGCGUCUGUUCCCCGGACCCCGUCCCCAAGCGUGCUGAUUUAUGCGAGGACGCAGGGGCCCAGCCAACGGAAUACGGGGGUUCAGAGGGGGGCCACAGCCUGGGCAGCACUAGACUCUCUGGAGCGCUUGAGAGCUCCUCUGCGGUGUCUCAUUCACCUCCCACUUCCCCUUUUCUCCACCACCACCACCAUCACCCCCAUCCAGUGACUAUGGAGCCCCCCAGGACUCGAUCACGCUCGCGGUCUGGAUUUUACCAUGGUGGAUUAUCUAACUCGAACGGUAAUGCUGGGAGUGGCGGCAGUGCGCUAAGUCCAGCUGGAGGACUAAGCCAUCACCACCACCACCACCUCCACCAACAGCAGCUCGGAGCUGCUCAUGGACACAUGGAAAACCUGCGCCCGCCCGGGAACAUGCUUUCCCCAGGGGCCCACAGACACACAGGGCCUGGAACGCACAGAAACUCCGGAGCAGGUGCAAUGGGAGGAGUAUACCACUAUCAUUCAGAGCAUGCGUGUGCCGACGCCACUGACAAGACGGAGGAUUCUCCAAGUCCAAAGAGACAGCGUCUUUCUCAGCAGUCUGUACUGGAGUUUACCUCUGCCCCUCCUUCCACACCCUCACCACCAAUCAGACCAUGGGAGCUUCCACCCAGUCGCAGACCACACCCCUAUCCCCACCCACACUACCACCCUGAACGCUGCCACACACCUGCACGGCACAGACGCAGUCCUCCAGUGCGGCGUCAGCGUGGCCGGCGAGAGCGUCUGUCACGGCACCAUCCCCCUCAUGGGUCCCCGGGUGGGGGACAGGAUGAAAACUAUCGCCACCCUCCUCACCCACAUUCGCUUCAUCCCUACGGCCAGCCACCAUCCCAUCCUCCACCUGGCCUUGAUGAGCCCCGGGCCUUUCACCCCCCCACGCUCUCGCCACGGUUAUUGCACCCUCCGCAGCAGGGAGCCAUGGUGAUGGACCUCCAUGAGCAGCUCCCUCAGGGUACAGUGCCGGUGUCAUAUACAGUUUCUCCAGUGCCGCCCCAUGGUCUACCUGCCCCCCUCUGUACAGGACAGCAUCUCCCAGCAUGCUCUUCUCAACAGCAGGUGCCCGCCUGUUCUGUGGUCUUCAGCGGACAGCAACACUAUCCAAUCUGUAGCGUACCACCUCCUAUGUUGCCAGCAUGUUCAGUGCAGCAUUUGCCAGUGCCGUACGCCGCAUUUCCUUCUCUUCUCUCCAGUGAUCCACCCUUCCUGCUGCAUCCGCCGCAUCUAUCACAUCAUCCGCCCCACCUCCCCACGCCUGGACAAUUCUUACCCUUCCAGACCCAACAGUCUCGAUCUCCACUGCAGAGGAUAGAGAAUGAGGUUGAGUUGUUGGGAGAACACCUGUCGGUAGGUGGAGGGUUUAGCUAUCCUCAUUCGGGGCAUCCUAGUCCUCUGCCCCCUUCCACCCCACUGCAGUUCCUCUCUCAUGAACCCCUGCCCCAGGAGCUCUUUGGAGUGCCGUAUCCACACUUCAUGCCUCGGCGAAUCACAGGCAGACGUUACCGCUCUCAGCAGGCUGUACCUCCACCUCCUUACCACCCAAGUCUGCUGCCCUACUUCCUAUCUGUUCUUCCAGUCCAGCCAACAGCAGUGGGUCCCACCAUUAGCUUAGAGCUGGAUGUAGAUGAUGGAGAGGUUGAGAAUUAUGAGGCUCUGUUAAACCUUGCUGAGCGGCUUGGAGAAGCGAAGCCUAGAGGUUUGACAAAAGCCGAUAUCGAACAGCUGCCUUCCUACAGAUUCAACCCCAGCAACCAUCAGUCAGAGCAGACAUUGUGUGUAGUGUGCAUGUGUGAUUUUGAGUCUCGUCAGCUGUUGAGAGUACUGCCCUGUAAUCAUGAAUUCCAUGCCAAGUGUGUCGACAAAUGGCUCAAGGCUAACAGAACCUGUCCUAUUUGCCGAGCAGAUGCCUCUGAAGUCCAGCGGGAUUCCGAGUGAAGCUGCUCACCGAACACACACACACACACACAUGCGCGCACACACACCACUAAACACUUCAGUCAUUCUCCUACCCUGUUACAUUCUAUUAACUUCCACAUGCAUAAUUACUCCUCGCACACAGAUGACUGCUGCAAAAGAUUCAUAAAAACUUUAUGCAUCAAAAUCAUCGUUUGAUAUUCAUCUAUGAAUAUCCAACUAACUGAGACACACACAAACACACACACAUCCCUUUGGUUGUUUGAUCACUAAUUCUUUGAGUGGAAGUCCAAAGAUUAUGGUUCAUAUUAUCAUUCUGGUUAUGAUAUUUUGUUUUUGUUUUGUUUUUUAAAAUAUAAAUAUAUAUAGUUUAGUUCUCCCCUUUGGGAGCGGGUGUUGGUAUGUUGCAGUCUUGUGUGAGUGAGUGAGUGUGUAUGUGCACUAACAUUCCCGGCUAUGUGAGCACACUGUGGUGUGGUGGUCUUUACGAAGGUUAAUGUUGUGAGCAUGGGCUUUUAUAUUUUACCAACAAAUAUAGCUAUAUAUAAAUAUGUAUGUAUGUAUCAAUAUAGAGGGACAAAUUACAAAAUUCAUAAUUUUUUUUGUUGUUGUUUUUUCCAAAAAAAGAAUUAUGGAACUGUCUUUUUCCAAAAAUGGGACAAAAGAUUCAAAUUAUAUCUAUACAUAAAACGGGACUUUUGGGUGGGUCUUGCUCAAUUAUGAUUUAGCAGUCUUUAUAGAAUUGGAAAACUGUGAGGUGUGUGUGUGUGCUUUUGUGUGAAAGAGAGUGUGUUUAUUAGAGAAUCAGUUGUUUGUUAUUUAUCCCAUAUGUAUGGUACAGAACACUGGCUUGUCGCUCUCACUUUUAUUCUUGUCUGGGAUUGGCUGAGGAUGCUGACUGACAUGACAUGUGAUUGGUUUGGAGGGGCAGUGGAAUAUUCUCCAAGUUCUUAUUUGAUGUAUCCUGCUGCAAACUUUUUUUCUUCUUCGGUUUUAUUUGCCGCCUAUCACGUUUACCAUCUACGAAACAGAAAUAACCUUUUAAAAAACCAUUAAAUAUGUAUUUCUAAUCCAUAGCCAGUCCUGCAGAUUGAUUAUGUAACGAAAUCACCACUUUUCUCAUUUAGUGUCAUAGUUUAUCCAAAAGUGAACAUUUGUGGAAAAUGUACUCAUCCUUAUGAAUUUUCUUCUUCUGUUGAACAACAGAUAUUUUGAAGAAUGUUGGUAACCCAGCAGUUUACUUCCAUGGUAUUUUCCCCCAAACUAUAGAACUGUUAGGUUACCAACAUUCUUCAAAAUAUCUUCUAUUGCUCUCAACAGAAGAAAGUAAAUUUUGACAGGUUUGCAACAACUUGAGGGUAAUUCAGAUUUAGAGUAAAUGUCAUUUUCUUUUUUUUGUGUGAGCUAUCCAUAAAAAAACUUGCAUUUCUUAAAAUAGUGAUUCUCCAUCUAUUAAACCCAAGCUAAAGUUUCAUUUUUGCAAAUUAGUCAUAUGCUUGUUAACCCACGAUACCCCUGAGUUUACCUAAAUUAGCUGUCAUUUUUAAUUUAGGUCAUUAUUUGAUUUCGUAUGUCUUAAAAUUUAGUAAUCAAGGACUCAAGGGUAUGUGUAUGCACAAUGCCUGUUCAAAGAGUACCGAUUAUAUCGUAGCAUUUCUGUUUCUUUGAAAAGGGAAACGCACUGAUUCUGCAGGAUAAAAUGGAGGGCAACACACACGGACCCCUUGCGAAAUGCGGCGUUUUAAGUACCUUCCCUUUAUCCCUGCAAGGCUCUUGGUCUUAGUAAACGGUUUACAUCUCUUGUCCUUUCAUUUGCUCUCUCACUGCCCUCUCUGUUCAGUUUUUUUUAAACAGCCUUCCAGUGCACCCAUUCAUACAGCCUCCAUAAGGCUGUUAUAGCCAUUCAUAGCCAUGUGCGUUACUUUAUAAUGAAUGCCUAAGAUGCGUUAUGACCUACAGGGGUGUUUGUGUGUGUAUGAUUGUUUUCUGUCAUGCAUUGUUAUCGUUAUGAAUGGAUAUAACUGCCUGUGUCGCAUUAUGUAGGCUCUAUGACUGGUGUAGAAAGUGUCAUAUGAAUUGUGAUGUAGUCUCAGAGCCUGCAGUGUCUUAAUGAGAGAUGCCUUUAAACCAUUCUCCGGUGUUGUCCGCUUUAGUGUCAUAAGUCGAAUUCAUUACCAGAAAAUUAUGAAUUCUUUGUUCUUUGCAAACAACAAAUGUGCAUUACCUUACUUACUUACAUUGUCAUUCUGUGUUAUAGAAGUUUUAUUUUUCCCUGCUUGGUACAAUAGCAGUUACCUCAGUUUUACUAUUUAUGUUUUUUCCCCUUAUUCUUUUGCAACACCAAUAAGAGAGCUUAUGAAUUCUCUUGCAUUUGUUUAUUGGUUGUUUUAAUUCUUACCAUUAAAAAUACAAUUGUAUCAUUUAA